UGACUGACUAUACUUGUUAUGCUUUAUGCUUAGGAUUCUUGUUGUUCUCUCGCUGCUCUCACCACCACCACCACCACCACCACCACCACCACCACCACCACCAUCAAUGCCUGCUCAGAAGCGUUCCUUCCCUGACUCUCCUCACGAUCACGAUCACCAUCGCCAUGCCAACCAAUCCAACCACGAACAUGAAGAAGAUGAUUAUGACAAAUCAGAUGGUUCUGACCAUGCCCCAUCUCCAGAAGAAAAAUCCGAAUAUCUGUUGGUACGACUUCAGGAAAUUCGUAAAGAUGUUCAAUGUCCAAUUUGCCUUGGUAUUAUUAAGAAAACAAGAACUGUUAUGGAAUGCAUGCACCGGUUUUGCAGGGAAUGCAUUGACAAGUCGAUGAGACUAGGGAACAAUGAAUGCCCUGCUUGUCGAACACACUGUGCCAGUCGCCGCUCUUUGAGAGAUGAUCCAAACUUUGAUGCCCUAAUUGCAGCUUUAUAUCCAGAUAUUAAGAAGUACGAGGAAGAGGAGCUUGAAUUCGGGGAAGAGGAUAAGAACCGCAAUAAACUGAUUCAAGCUUCCAUUGCAAAAGUUGUUCAGCGGCAGUCUGAAGCACUGGUUAAGAGACGUAGAGAUACACCUGGUGCAUUUAUGACAAGAUCACAGCGCAAUCAACGGAAUGUUAUUUCCAGGAGACAGAACCCAGAGGUGGAUACUCAAGGAUCUGAAGAUAAUGAGGAGGAAAAUGGCAAUAAUGAAAAGGACUCAUCUGCAGAUGAGCGAUGUACGGAACCCAGACAGAGGAGGAAGAAGAGGCGGUCCAGAGGUCGGCCUUCUCAACCCUCAUCAUCGACAGCAAGUCCUGAUGGUGGGUGCAUAGAAAGUGAAAUCGGUAUAAGUAGAGAAAAUCAAGGAGUUUCUUCAAGGCAGGCGUCAAAACCUCAAAAGCUGACUUGGGGAAGGGGUGGUUUCAGGAGUAACACACGACAUGGCAAUGGCAAUGGUAGCAAUAGCAAAAGUUCCCGCCGUGGCCGCUUGGCCAAAUUGGUUGAUUAUCUCUGUAACUUAGAUGAAAACACUGAUGAGUUCGAUAUUCAUCUCAUGCUUUUUCCUUUGGACAGACAAAGUACACCAAGUUUGCAGCAGCCACACCUUGUCUGUCGGCCAACAUUGUCCGUGAGGCACCUUUGUGAAUAUGUUGCUUGUCAGACACCUUUGCCAGUUGAAGAAGUUGAGAUUUUGGCAGUUAAGAGAUGCUGCAGUACAUUUUGUGAUAAGUCAGUUGAUGAGGCUUCGUCCUUUGAUGAGCUUACACCACUGGUUAUUGAUCCUAGCAAAGAUGAACUGGAAACUUUGCAAGGGCAUGAACCUUUGACAGGGAUUAAAUCCAAUUGCAUAUCUCAAAGGGGGCAUUUGAUGCUGGCAUAUAGGCGGAAGGAGUGAGCAUUUUAGACAGUUUUGAUAUUUAUCAAUGCCAGGACUUUUUGUGUAUGUAUAUAGGGCGUUUUCAGCUAAACACUAGUUUUUUUGGUGUGUAAACAAACAACUUCAAUAGUUAAAUAGCAUGAACAGCCUGAAAGGAUAUGGAGGUCCUGCAGAAAAAUAGCUCGGCGCCAGGAUGAUAAAAGAAAUUAGUGACAACCCUCAAGGCAAAUUAACAUAUCAAGCGCAAGGCGCAUCUCUUUAAUAUGGGCCUUGCUACACUGCUCUAUCUGCACUCCUAAGGCAGACUAUCACUCACUACGGGUAUGUUUGUUUUUCUGUUUGCACCCCUGAAUGUGCUUUUGAACUGCACUGAACACUGUGCCACUAUGUUUGGGUAGUUUGAACCAACUUUCAUCUUAACCCAGUUUUGGUCCAAAA